AUAAACAAAGCCAUAAAUUUGAUCUUCGCUUACUUGUUGUUGCUAAAAAAUGGCAUAAAAUAAAUAAAAGUGCUAAAACUUAUAUGCGUGGCAUUUGAGCAUAAAAAUUGCGGUUGACAUGGCAAUCGACGCCACAGCUGAUUGGCAGCUGUAAAGCAAACAACCACCAAAAUUGGAAAAAGGGGAGCCAUUUAAGUUGGUGGGGGUCGUGGUGAGAGAUAGUGCAAAAACGCUGCAAUUUACGUAUUUGCUGUUCAGUCGCAGUUUGGUACGCUCUUCACAACGUUUUAUUUGCCGAUUCUGUUGCUCAGUUGUUUAGUUGCUUUGGUUACUCAUCAUGAAAUUGUAGCAACUAAAGCAUCCAUUGCUACUACAUUGUGAAAUUAUUGCUGUCCGACGUAAAGCAGGAAAAAUAUUCAAAAGUAAUUCCCCCUUUGCGUGUGGCGUAAGUUAACAUGGCAUUGGCAAGCGCAGCGGGCGCUCUUCUCAAGCCGCAAACGCCGCUUCAGCAGCUGCUUGAGGACAUCAACUUUCAGCGCACCAAGGAGAUGCGACAACUGCUCAAAGAUGAUGGUGGCUUUGUAGUGCUACAGGGCACCACCUACUGGACGGAUUUGUUUGUUCGCCAUUUUCUAUUUCAAACAGAGCCCGUGCAUAGCAUCGACUCGGAUGAUUUGCUCUUCUUUGUGCGCAAGAAGCAUGUAAAAAGCUCCUCGCGACAUAUGCCAAAAUAUGAGACUGAAGUUGAAGUAUUUCGCAAGGACUCACGCAAACUGCCUAUUGGCGAUCCAGAUGUGGACUGGGAGGAAACAGUUUAUCUAAAUAUGGUUAUACAUCAGUUUGAUUAUACACUAACGCUAGCCAUUUGCACAAGAACUUCACCCAAGGAGCUGCAGGUGCUGCGUCGUCAUUCACAGCGCGUCUAUGCCAGUCCCAGUCGACGAAAGAUGGACACCAAAGGCGAGGGCGAGGAGAUUACCUAUCCGCAUAUAUGCUUUAUGGUGGACAACUUUGAUGAGGUGUUCAGUGACAUACUGGUGCGCGAUGGCGAAAUGGUGUGCGUCGAACUGGUUGCCAAUGACAAGGAUGGGGCAGUGCAAGGCGUUAUAUUUCUGGGCUCCAUACGUUAUGAUGCUCUAAAGAAGGUCUACGAUGCCAGACAAUCCAGUCUAAGCUCCAAGGUGGCGCAGCGCAUGUCUUUUGGCCUGUUUAGUAGCGGCGCCGGUGUGCAAACACGUUGCGAAUUUGUGCGCAUGAAGGGACCGCAGGGCAAGGGCCAUGCUGAGAUGGCAGUCACCAAACCCAAGGGCUCUGGUGUAGAAACGCCCACCAGUGAGCCAGGCUUUUGCGCCACUGAUAUGUGGGAUGAAUGGGAGGAGGAGAACGAUGAUUAUUGCACAUACAGACAUCAGCGACGCUUGAGCGAUCCCAGUGCAAAUUUGAAUAACUUUUCGCGCUAUGGCUGGCGCACCAAGAACGCAAAUCCUGAUAUGGUGGGCAGCGGCAGCAGCUCUAGCGCCGGCGUUAAGGCACGCUCCGAAAACGAAGGACUGGACUCAUUGGCCAGCGAAGUAUCCGAAAUAGAAGCUGGCGAUCUGCGCGAUGAUCAGCAACGUCCUGCUUUCUCGGCCUCCGCGGCAAAACUGCACCCACAUACGAAUUGUGAAACGCACAAAGGCGUGUCUGGCAGUCCAGACGAGACGCCAGCAGCAGCAGCAGCAGCACCACCACCAGCAGCAGCAGCAGCAACAACUGCUACAGUAGCAGAAUCUAACGAGACGGAAACUGCCAUUACGGCCGUAACACCGCCGCCGCUAAGCGUUGCUGUUGAGGUUACAGUGGCAAAUGAUGGCGCAAGCGCUGCUGGCAGCACUGGCUGCAACUGUUUUGGUGGCAAAAAAUGCAAAAAACGCUGGAGCUCAAGCAAUGCUGGCAACGCUGACACUCCAGAGAUGUCUGAGGUGUAUUGCCCCAGCUGCGAGGAUGCCGCCAAUGAGACGCCAGCUUGUCUUGCCAAAAUGCCCGACAAGCGACAGACGCGCCUCAAGCCCAAGCCGCCUAGCAUUUUGUGUGUGGAAAGUGAGCUAGUGGUCAGCAAGUCGCGCGGCAGUCUACGUUUAAGCGACAACAAACGCAAAAGCAAUAUAGCACGUAGUGCUUCCUUAAGCGCCACAGAUCGCAGAACAAGCGUGCCCAUGCCAACGCCAGUGAAGAAGUGCACGCCAGCGCGUGUGCGCCUUAGCAAGCCUAAAGAGCUGGACAAGAGCAAGGAUAAAGACAAAGAAAACGAUAAAAAGUCGACUAACCAGAAAGGCAAUAGUGCUAGCAAUCUGUUGGCCAAAAUGUCGCCCAAAAGAUUGCGUAAUGCCAAAGCAAGUGACAAGGAAAAAAAUAAGGAUAAAGGCAAGGGCACAACCAAAUCCAAAGCUCAAAGUGCUAGCAACAAUAACACUAUUAAUGCCAAGGCUACUACAACGAAGGACGUAACCAAAUCGCAUGAGGAAUAUGAAUUAGCUGAUGAUGCUACCUCGCUAAAUGGCGAUGCUGUCGAUUUGGCCGAGAGCGCCAGUGCAGCCAAAAUGGCCAUUUUAAGCGAAAGUGACAGCAAGCUUAUGAUAAGCGUGCGUGGUCGCGAAGAGCUGCCAGUGGUGGAGCUGGAUCAUGAAAGCACAACGCCAACUAAUUUUGAGAAAUGUAUACGCGUACCUGUUAAAUCAGAAAGCCAUCCAUUGCAGCUGGCAGAGCCAACAGCGCUGGCUGCAAAUGCAACUAACGAUAAUAAUGUAGAGGAAAAACAGCAGCCGCAACUGGAGCAGCAGCAGUCGGAUGAAGCAACCAAUGCUGGCAGCGCCGAUGCGGCCAAUGGCAAUGAGCAGCAAUCAGCUACGCUGCCGCGCACUGUUAAGCAAUCCUAUUACAAUAAGGUGCUGCACCUAGUGCCCAAACGUCGCACUCCAGAUGGCACCAAUAUAUACUACUGGUGUGAUUUGCCCAAAAAGGCGCUUAAAGAACUAGACGAUGGCGCUUAUAAUCCGCUGUGGACAAGUCGCGGCUUUACACAAUCCUUUCACUUUUGGAAGGAGAAUCGACGUCAGCAGUCGACGCCUUUAAAUGCAUUCCUUACUUAUGUUACACUGCCUUGGUGGAGCAUUGCCAAAGAUCUACUGGAUCAUCGGGAGACGCCUAUACUGACUUUUUAGUAUUAGUUUUAUAGUUUGCAGUAUGCUUUUGUGAUUUAUUUUUCAUUCGAUUCAAAGAGUAUUAUUUUAACUACAGUUUGUUAACAAUAUAUUUUACAAUAAGGCAUAUUUUGUGAUCAGUUCUCUUCAUGUAUGUGCUUGUAUAUCUCAGGUAGCAGCAUAUUAGCAAACACCUAUCUAUGUAUACUCAUUUACCUGUUCCAUGACUUUGUUAUUAGUCGACCAACGCCAAUGUAUUUGAAAUGUUAUGUUAACUAAGCGCCAUUGCUACAAUAGUUGCUAUUUAAUUGGGACAUUCACUUAUAUAUUUAACUAUAUGCACUGCUAAAGACAGCGCCAACAAACCUAUAAAUUUAUAUGCUAUAUAUGUACUAUAAUGCUGCAUUUGGAAGUUAUUUAAAAGAAAUAAAAUUGUUAUAAAUAAAUUUAUGUAAUAACACGGUUUGUAAAUUAUAGUGACAGCAUUUAGGUAUAAAAAUAAAUAAAAUAAAAACGAAUAAGUAUAAAGUUAAGCUUGCUUUGAUUUAGUCGCUAUCGGGAAAUGAAAUCCCUGUUACUCUGCAUGUGUGU